GAAAAUUUCAACGAUGUGGAAAUAAAGAAGGAAAUAUAAGACAAUUGCGUAAUCUUAUUGGGACAUGGCAAGUGGAUCGAGAUGUUAUUAGAGAAGUAGAUGGCAAUUACAAAAAUUGGUGUUUGUGAUUUACAUUUUCAAUUUGACAAUAAAUACCUACAUAAUUCAAAAGAAAAACAAUUAAAAAAGUUUGAGAUGGGAAUGAUUCAAUGGCGUAGAUGUAUUUCUUGUAAUAAGUAUGUAACAUUUUUUUCACGAGGUAUAGGAUGUACUCAACAUUCUUGGCGUCUAAAUGAACAUAAUAUUCAAGUACCAUGUAUAGGACAAUAUAGUUGUAAAGCGUUAAAAGUAUGCCGUCCCUUAUGUGUUCAAGCAUUUGAUAAUAUAAAUAUUAAUCAAAAAUCUCUUUGUUACUCAUGUUAUGAAGAAUUUGGAGGACAUAUUUAUCAACGUCCAGGAAGGGGGAAAAAAGGAAAUACUUGUGAACAAUUACAUUUAGAAGAUACUAGCAAAGGGCUUGAAUUUUUGGGUAAUUGGUUAAUUCAUUUUUCACAAGCUCAAAAUGAAGAAAUAAAAAAUGAGGCAUUAAUAGCGUUAGUUAAUGCUCUUAUUCCUUUUACAUCUUUUCCAAUUUCUAAUAAACAAGCUUUAGCUAAAUCAAUUUCAAGUGAUAUAAAUCAAAUACCUAGUUUAUUUAUAAUUAAAAUGCUUUUUAUUAAGUCUUCUAAGAAAACAAACAAUCAAAAUUUAAAAAUUAAUGAUUAUGAAGAACUUGGACGUGUAAUUGGAAAAAAAUUAUAG